CCCUUACGGUUAUCCAAAAGUGCCAUCUGUGAACCAAUUAGUCAACUACGAUAUCAUGAAAUCCUAUUAUUGUUUCCAAUUUUGAUAAAAUGUGCCAAUUUCGCAGCGAUCAAACUAAAAGAUCAGCGUAGGAGAUAAUAAAGACGCUACUCCGUGUAUCACUCAUCCUUUUGGUUUCGUGGCAGAGAUCACUGAUGAUAAAUUACUACCAAAACAGGAGUGGAAAAUCGAUUUGUUGAAAGCACAAAAAAAACGAAUCGUGCGAAACACAUGAAAUUAGCAGAUAUACUGUACAAUCUCUGUGACCUUGAUGGACGACCCCAGUUGGUUGGACAGAUGGUCGAGUAGCGCAAUAUUUUUUUAUUGGGCAAAGAAGGUGAUUGACGGAGUGCGAGAUCUAUGUUAUGGUUCAAAGAAGAGGACUUUGUAUUGGCCUAAUUAUUGUGCACCUUUGAGCACUAGGAUGGCGCCAAAAUCAUCCAUCACUUGUGUGCAAUGUGAGAAAUCAUUUUCGACGAAGCAAGGUCUUGUCAGACAUAUUCGCAUUCAUACAGGAGAAAAACCAUUCCAAUGCCAAUAUUGUGAGAAAUCAUUUUCACGUAAGAAGAAUCAGUUGACUCAUGAACGUAUUCACACUGGAGAAAAACCAUUCCAAUGCCAAUAUUGUGAGAAAUCAUUUUCAUGUAAGAAGAAUCAGUUGACUCAUGAACGUAUUCACACUGGAGAAAAACCAUUCCAGUGCAAGUAUUGUGAGAAAUCAUUUUCACAGAAGGGACAUCGAUUGACUCAUGAGCGUAUCCACACAGGAGAAAAACCAUUCCAGUGCAAAUUUUGUGAUAAAUCAUUUCCACAGAAGGGAAAUCUAUUGGCUCAUGGACGUAUUCACACUGGAGAAAAACCAUUCCAGUGCAAAUAUUGUGAGAAAUCAUUUUCACAGAAGGGACAUCGAUUGACUCAUGAGCGUAUCCACACAGGAGAAAAACCAUUCCAAUGCAAAUAUUGUUAUAAAUCAUUUCCACGGAAGGGAUAUCUAUUCAUUCAUGAGCGUAUUCACACUGGAGAAAAACCAUUCCAGUGCAAGUAUUGUGAGAAAUCGUUUUCACAUAAAGGAUAUCUAGUGACUCAUGAGCGUAUUCACACUGGAGAAAAACCAUUCCAAUGUAAAUAUUGUGAGAAAUCAUUUUCACAGAAGGGACAUCGAUUGACUCAUGAGCGUAUCCACACAGGAGAAAAACCAUUCCAAUGCAAAUAUUGUUAUAAAUCAUUUCUACAGAAGAUACAUCCAUUCAUUCAUGAGCAUAUUCACACUGGAGAAAAACCGUUCAGAUGUAAACAAUGUGAGAAAUCAUUUUUCUCAAAGCGGGCUCUUGUCAGUCAUAGUCAUAUUCAUGCAGGAGACAAACCAUUACAACUCAGCUUCAACUGUAAAUAUUGUCAUAAACCCUUAAAGAGUGAGUCUGGCUUACAAAAACAUAAGCGCAGCCACAAUGAUACUUCUCGUAAUACUCGCAAGGUGUCUGAUGCAAGUCCCGGCAAGGAUAAACGGUUAAAGUCAAAAAGUGGCAAAGCUAUGAAAAGUUCUCGUUCAAGGUCUCGUUGUGAGCAAACUGAUGUGGGAGAAGAUGCAGUAGUAUUAACUGGUCCUUCAAAUAGCAAUAAUUCUCCAAAUGGACAAAACCAAGUCCCUGCAUGUUCUGCGACGAAUGAAUGUUUGAUCAGCAGAGAGCCUGAGAGUGAAGUAUCAAAGUUGCCUGCUGCAGUCGGGUGUUUGGACAUGGAUAUCAAGGAUGCUGCUGCAAAAAUGACUGUUAUCGUUGGGAAUGAAACUGUUGGUCUGGGUACUGCCAAAAGUGAAGAUUAUCAAGUUUUGCGGCUGGGUGUGAAACGAGAUUUGAUUGAUCAUCAUUCUAAUCAGCUUGGAAACGUUAAAAGUGAACUCAUUGACAUGUUUGCUGCGGACCAGUCUGAUGGAAGUGAUGAACCAGCUCACACGUCUGCUACAGGGCAGUCCAGGGCUGAACUAGACAUAUGUGCUGUUCAUGUUAUAGAGGAGAGAAAUGUCAACAGUGGGGCCUUCAACCUGCCAUGUAACACAUCUCCUAAAGAACAGUCUAAUGUCAAAAGUGCGCCAUGUAACACAUCUCCUAUAGAACAGACCAAUGUCAAAAGUAAGCCAUGUAACACAUCUCCUAUAGAACAGACCAAUGUCAAAAGUGAGCCAUGUAACACAACUUCUAUAGAACAGUCCAAUGUCAAAAGUGAGCCAGGUGACACAUCUCCUAUAGAACAGACCAAUGUCAAAAGUGAGCAGUGUGACAUGUCUUUACAAGAGCAGGGUUAUAUCAUAGAGGAGGUGAGACCGUGUGAUAUGUUAGGUAACAUGUCUGCUUCUAAGCAGUCAAAUGUUAAUGGUGAGCCAUUUGACGCAUUUCCUAAAGAGGGGGCAAAUGUCAAAAGUGAGCCAAUUGCCACAUCUCCUAUAGAUCUGGGGGAUGACAUGUCUCAAGCAUUGCAUGUUAGGGUAGAGCAGGAAAACUCCAGUUGUGCACAUGAUAUUGAUAUGUCCAAGAUUGAUGAAUACAUUGCAGUGUUUGAUCGCUGGGCAGAAAUGUUGUGUGAAAAUACAGAUAAGGUGAUUGACGGAGUGCGAGAUCUAUGUUAUGGUUCAAGGAAGAGGACUUUGUAUUGGCCUAAUUAUUGUGCACCUUUGAGCACUAGGAUGGCGCCAAAAUCAUCCAUCACUUGUGUACAAUGUGAGAAAUCAUUUUCGACGAAGCAAAGUCUUGUCACACAUAUUCGCAUUCAUACAGGAGAAAAACCAUUCCAAUGCCAAUAUUGUGAGAAAUCAUUUUCACAUAAGAGGAAUCAGUUGACUCAUGAACGUAUUCACACUGGAGAAAAACCAUUCCAGUGCAAGUAUUGUGAGAAAUCAUUUUCAAGUAAGAAGAAUCAGUUGUCUCAUGAACGUAUUCACACUGGAGAAAAACCAUUCCAGUGCAAGUAUUGUGAGAAAUCAUUUUCAGAUAAGAGGAAUAUUUUGAAUCAUGAACGUAUUCACACUGGAGAAAAACCAUUCCAGUGCAAGUAUUGUGAGAAAUCAUUUUCACAGACUGGACAUCGAUUGAUUCAUGAGCAUAUUCACACUGGAAAAAAACCAUUCAGAUGUGUGCAAUGUGAGAAAUCAUUUGUAACCAAGCAAAGUCUUGAAAUGCAUAUUCGGAUUCACACUGGAGAAAAACCAUUCCAGUGCAAGUAUUGUGAGAAAUCAUUUUCACAGACUGGACAUCGAUUGAUUCAUGAGCGUAUUCACACUGGAGAAAAACCGUUCAGAUGUGUACAAUGUGAGAAAUCAUUUUUCUCAAAGCAGGCUCUAGUCGGUCAUAGUCAUAUUCAUGCAGGAGACGAACCAUUCCAACUCAGCUUCAACUGUAAAUAUUGUCAUAAAACCUUUAAGAGUGAGUCUGGCUUACAAAAACAUAGACGCAGCCACAAUGAUACCUCUCGUAAUACUCGCAAGGUGUCUGAUGCAAGUCCCGGCAAGGAUAAACGGUUAAAGUCAAAAAGUGGCAAAGCUAUGAAAAGUUCUUGUUCAAGGUCUCGUUGUGAGGAAACUGAUGUGGGAGAAGAUGCAGUAGUAUUGACUGGUCCUUCAAAUAGCAAUAAUUCUCCAAAUGGACAAAACCCAGUCCCUGCAUGUUCUGCGACGAAUGAAUGUUUGAUCAGCAGAGAGGCUGAGAGUGAGGUAUCAAAGUUGCCUGCUGCAGUCGGGUGUUCAGACAUGGAUAUCAAGGAUGCUGCUGCAAAAAUGACUGUUAUCAAUGGGAAUGAAACUGUUGGUCUGGGUACAGCCAAAAGUGAAGAUUAUCAAGUUUUGCGGCUGGGUGUGAAACGAGAUUUGAUUGAUCAUCAUUCUAAUCAGCUUGGAAAUGUUAAAAGUGAACUCAUUGACAUGUUUGCUGCCGACCAGUCUGAUGAAAGUGUUGAACCAGCCCUCACAUCUGCUACAGGGCAGUCCAGGGCUGAACUAGACAUACGUUCUGUUCAUGUUACAGAGGAGAGAAAUGUCAACAGUGGGGCCUUCAACCUGCCAUGUAACACAUCUCCUAUAGAACAGUCCAAUGUCAAAAGUGAGCCAUGUAACACAACUCCUAUAGAACAGACCAAUGUUAAAACUGAACAGUGUGACAUGUCUCUUCAAGAGCAGGGUUAUAUCAUAGAGGUAGUGAGACCGUGUGAUAUGUUAUGGAACAUGUCUCCUUCUAAGCAGGCGAGUGUCAAAGUUGAGCCGUUUGACGCAUUUCCUGAAGAGGGGGCCAAUGUCAAAAGUGAGCCAUGUGACACAUCUCCUACAGAUCAGGUCAAUGUAAAAAGUAAGCAGUGUGACACGUCUCUUCAAGAGCAGGGUUAUAUCAUAGAGGUAGUGAGACCGUGUGAAAUGUCAGGUAACAUGUCUCCUGUUAAGCAGGCAGAUGUCAAAGGUGAGCCGUUUUACGCAUUUCCUAAAGAGGGGGCCAAUGUCAAAAGUGAGCCAUGUGACACAUCUCCUACAGACCAGGUCAAUGUAAAAAGUGAGCAAUAUGACUUGUCUCUUCAAGAGCAGGGAUAUAUCAUACAGGUAGUUGGACCAUGUGACAUAUAUCCUACAGAUCAGGCCAAUGUCAAAGGUGAACCAGGUGACAUGUGUCCUUUCGAACAGGCCAAGGUGAUAGGUGAGCCAGAUAACUUGUCUCCUAUUGAGCAGGUUGAUAUCAAAAGCGAACCAUGUGACAUUUCUCCUGUAGAGUUCGCCAAUAUUAAAAGUGGAACAAGUGCCACAUCUCCAAUAGAUCAGGGGGAUGACAUGUCUCAAGCAGAGCAUGUUAGGGUAGAGCAGGAAAACUCCAGUGGUGCACAGGUCGAUAUGUCCAAGAUUGAUGAAUACAUUGCAGUGUUUGAUCGCUGGGCAGAAAUGCUGUGUGAAAAUACAGAUUAGGUCAAGAGAAUAUAACUUUUGUAUUCUCCUGUUAAAUAUCGAUGAUUCAAGAAGGCGACCAGUCUUAGUCUCAUGUGUAUGGAGAGUUUGGUUUCCUCUUUUUUAUUGAGUUUUUAGCAUGUUCGUGUAUGUAUGGAAAC